UAGACAGACAUGUAUUAUAGGUUUCUCCUUAUAGAAAGAAAAAGAUGGUUGAUAAUAUCAACAUAUUAGGGUCUAAAUAUGAUAGAGAAAGUCAUAAAUCUUACAAUUAUUCAAUUAGUGGUUCCUCAAGUGAUCAAGAUGCAGUGAUUAAGAAGCAAGAAAGAUUACUUCCAAUAGCUAAUGUUGGGAGAAUUAUGAAGCAAAUUCUACCACCAAAUGCCAAGAUUUCAAAAGAAGCUAAAGAAACAAUGCAAGAAUGUGUUUCUGAAUUCAUUAGUUUUGUUACUGGAGAAGCCUCAGAUAAGUGUCAUAAUGAGAAGAGAAAGACUGUGAAUGGAGAUGAUAUUUGUUGGGCUUUAGGAAGUUUGGGAUUUGAUGAUUAUGUUGAGCCAUUAAAGAGGUAUUUGCACAAGCAUAGAGAGUUAGAAGGUGAAAGAGUUAACCAAAAUAACGUUGGUGGAAACAAUAUUAUUGAAGAAAGGGAAAGAGAAGUUGGACUCUACUCCUCUCCCCGGGUUCCCUCCGCUCUAUGCCCGAAGGUUCAACUCAAUCACUUGGGCAGAGGGAUUUGACCUACCGACUACAGGGUCAGGUGCGAAAAUGAAAAGAACCAUAAAGGGGAAAGCGUUUUCUAUCAGGAGUUUCUCAAUUCUUAAGGCUCAUAUUUAAUGUUCUUGUUGUGUUUUGAUGAGUAAAUUUGCAUUUCCAUCUUCUUCUUUAUCUUCUAUAUAUCAUGUAAUUAAGUUGAAGAGAAUCUUUGCUUACUAUUUGGACAAGUUUUCUUAUUCAUAAAUCUUUCUGUCACAUAUGACCAUUUAGUCAGAAAAGAAUUCAAGAUUUAAACUUGAUCGGUUUAAUUUGUUAGUACUGAAAAAUCAUUGUAAUUU